UAUUAUCUUUGAAUCUUUGAAGAAGAAUUUCACGUUGUGUUUAGAUUUUUUGGACAAUCGGAAGCGUGUUUUUUCUUUCCGUUGUGCUCUUCUAACUGAUUGAAGUCCAUCAGCUCAUUAGUGAUCCAAAAUGGGAUGGGAACAGGCUCUGACUGAUGCCGUUUACAACAACAACAUUGAAAAAGUGAAGCAUUACCUUCGGAAAGAGGAGAUUCGUCGUGGUUUGGGUCGGCUGGAGUGGACAUGGGGCGAGGCCCCCCUUCAUCGGGCAGCGGCCAUCGGGCGCAACGACAUCCUCAAGGUCUUGGUGGAGGCCGGAUGCAACCUCGACGCUUACUCCGUUCAUGACAAGGAUCGCAUGACCUGCUUGCACCUAGCGGUGUGGUGCAAUCAGGGCGAAACCGUCCGUCUGUUGUUGCAAUUGGGAGCGGAUCCUACCCUAAAAGGGACCUGGAUGGAGUACCAAGGAACACCGCUGGAUUUUGCUCGCGAGUACAAGAACACCGAAAUAUUGGCCGUAUUCAGAGACUUUGACAAUGAUGGCAAGAUCACCCAAAGCUCAACCAUUAACAGAGUAAAAGGACCUGGUGCCAGUGGGACUCGAAUGCAGACCUCUACCAUCCUGAGUGGUCUUGAAAACCUACCCUCCAAGGAGAAGGCCAUCUACAAGGCUGCCGAGCUCUUGAAGAAAUCCCAACGUGCGGAAAAGAACAUUGGCGAGUUGAAGCGACGCCUCGUUCAGGCCGAGAAGGAGCUGUUCGACAUUCACGAGAAUCCGGAUUUCAUGACGCAGGAAGAGAUCGACGAUCUCGCCGUUGAGAUUGACGAAUUGAAAAUCUUCGCCACGGAGGUUCGAAAAGUCCUAUAAACCCUCCAGCUUGUUGGUUGGUCGGUCGGACAUGUCGUCGAUCUCAUCAUCUGCAUUGAACCAUGCUUGGCAGACGUGAAUUCAAAAGUUAUUAUCAUCUUGAAGUAAUUCUAUUAUCCUGAUUUCAUUAGAGUAAAGAUUGCAUCAUCUUUCCCGUGUUCAACAUUACAAUCCAUGCAUGUGCAAUUAAUCACCAUUCCAACAAAUAAUAAGACCCGAUUUCGGAACACGCGUU